AUGAGAAAAACCAAAUCACUUCAUCCCUCCACUCUCGUGAUCAAAACCUCCCUCUCCUUGUUCUUCGCCCUCUUCUUGGGCCUAGCCAGGCCCGACCCGGACCCGCUCCAAGACUACUGCGUGGCGGACCAGAAACCUCCCCAGGCCCAGUCCGUAUUCAUCAAUGGAGCCGCCUGCAUCAACCCCAAACUAGUAGUUCCAUCCCACUUCGCCACUUCUGCACUCGGCAAGCCGGGGAACACCAGGGCCAACGCCUUCAGGUUCAACGUGACUCUAGCCAGCAUUGCCAACUUGCCCGGGCUGAACACCAUGGGCCUGACCAUGGCCCGCGUCGACAUCGGGCCGAAUGGGCUUGUUCCUCCUCACGCACACCCGCGGGCCUCGGAGGUCACCAUCUGUCUCAAGGGGAGCCUCCUGGUGGGCUUUGUGGACACUACGAACAAGCUGUUCACCCAGCAGUUGCGGGCCGGUGAUUCCUUUGUGUUUCCGAAAGGGCUGAUCCAUUUCUUGUACAAUUUGGAUUCUGGGAGUGAGGCCCUGGCGAUUUCUGGGCUCAGUAGCCAGAACCCGGGGGCCCAGAUUGCUUCCCUGGCUACGUUCACUUCCAAGCCUCUGUUGCCCGACGUCGUUCUGGAGAAGGCGUUUCAGAUCACUGGGCAGGAUGUGAUGAGGAUACGCAAGAAUCUUGGAGGAUGA